CAAAGCUGAACAAGUCCCUGGCUAUCCCUCUGCCUUGGUCAAGUUGUCCAGCAUCCCUCUGUUCAUCCAGAGCUCAGCGCUGACACCAUGUUCAGAUCGGCCCUCCUGCUCCUUGCUGGGAUUGUACUGAUAGACUGCCUCUUGGCGCAGAGGAUCAGAGUACGGAGACAGAACAUGAAGGUUCGCAUCAACGUCACCGGCGACACCAUCGUCCUUAAGUUUGUUAAACCCAAUCCAGAUGUCAAGCUGGAAGGUUAUGUCCUGGGAUAUGGAAGCAGCAUGUUCUCCAAACAGUUUAUCCCGCUGCCGGAGAAUGGGAAACCCUAUGAAACCGAGAUGGAUGCAGAGCCAAAGUACCUGAUUGCUGUACAGCCCAUUCCAUCAAAUUAUGUGAAGAAACACUGCACUGGAAAAGUGGACCUGGAGAAGCCCUUGCAUCUUGUGAUCGGGUCUGUGACUCCCACAUCAGUGCUGCUGUCCUGGGGAACGCUUCUGAAGACACCCUAUGAUGGAAACAUCAUGAAUGACUGUCUGGAAGAUGGGCAUUACACAGUUCGCUAUAGGGAGAGAAACAGGAAGUGGAACUAUCAGACCUGCCCGACCAGCGACACAGUGAUAGACAACCUGAAGCCAAACACACCCUAUGAGUUUGGUGUUCGGUCCAACAAGGAGGAGGAAAGUGGAGUGUGGAGCAAACCUGUCAUUCACAACACCAACAUGGGUGAAAAGGGCAUCCAAAAACUCUUCAAGCCAAGGAUCCCAAAUGGAAAACCAGUGAAGCCUAUUAUGACAGGAAGCCGGGUAAUGUUCCCACCUCGACCUGCUGUUCACAACAGAACUCACAUCAGAGUUUCCCACCUGCUCCAAAACUCCGCCUUCCCUGGAUCUCCUAGAUCAACUUUUGCACCUCCUAAAAACCACCCAGAAAUGCCCCCUCUCCCGAGACCCAGUGUGCCACAAAGGCCACAGUUGACGUUGGGGAGUGUAAAUAAAGAUAGAAAUAUCUUUCCCCCCUCAGAGGACCUUCCUCCUGCCAAUCCUCAACCCCUUCCCAUCAAACCUCUCAGUACCACAGCAACCCCUAUCACUAGCCCCCAGCUGGGGCAGGCUCAACCCCAGGCCUCUAGUACUACCCAGCGCCCACUCAAGCCUUUGGGGAAAGGCAUCCUGAAAAACCCGGGCCCCACCAAGCCUCAUGUCUCCCAGGGCUCAGUGGUUGCCAUGCCAGCCAGAAACCUGACGUCAUCAGGCAGAGACUUUGUUUUCCCCUCUCGUUAUGGCAUGAGACAUAGCCUACCCAGGGUGACUAACUCCUCCAGGACACUGAUGAUCAGAGGGGCCAAUGGCGAACACCAUAAGGGACUCACUUUUCCAAAACCACUCAUGAAAUCGAGAUUCCGAUGGGGCUCCCCUGCUCAGCGCCCACAACUCCCUAUCAAAACCAACCUGGUUGACAAACCUAGGGACAAAGACAAGACUAAUGACCUGAAACAAACUGACAAAGCCUCCAUCUUGAGACCCAACUUUCGCUCAGUGACAGCCAAGCCUGCAAAGCAGGACCGAAAACAAACAACGACAGCUUCCCCGACUCUUAAUGAGACCCAGUUCGACACCUGGGAAAACUCAUCUCUGUUUAGCUCAAUCCCCAGCUCUGAUGUGGAUGCCUUGGGGAAGAAACGGUUUGUAGCCCCGCAUGUGGUCUACAAGACAGACAAGAAACCCAAUGAACCCUGCUCCAUCACCACCUCCCUCAGCUAUUUUCCAGAGGCUGAACCUGGGGAGCAGAAUGUGACAGGUCCGCCCAGGUCCCGUCCAUCCAACCUCACUGUGGUAACCGUAGAGGGCUGCCCCUCCUUUGUCAUCCUGGACUGGCAGAAAACUGAUAAUGAGACCACAGGUUAUGAAGUAAUCUCCACAACAAAGGGUCCAGAUGGUGAAGAAGUAUCCAUCCUGACCACAAAUCAGACACAUACUGCUGUGGAGAACCUCAAACCCGAGAGAAGUUAUGAGUUCUUGGUGAAACCAGUAAACCCGCUUGGAUCGGGUCCUCCCAGUGACCCAGUGGAGUUCAACACAGAGUCAGCCGAUCCGCGUGUGAGCGAGAAUGUCUCAGGAAAGGAUGCCAUCUGGACGCAGUUUCCCUUCAAAUCUGACUCAGACUCUGAGUGCAAUGGGAAGCAGUAUGUGAAGCGAACAUGGUACCGCAAGUUUGUAGGAAUCCAGCUCUGCAACUCCCUGAGAUACAAAAUCUACCUGAGUGACUCCCUCAUGGGUAAAUUCUAUAACAUUGGGGACCAGACGGGGCAUGGUGAGGACCACUGCCAGUUUGUUGACUCCUUCCUGGAUGGACGGACAGGCACCCCAUUCAGGGCCGACCAGUUCCCACCCAGAACAGGAUAUUACAGGGCAAUGCGUCAAGAACCAGUCAGCUUUGGCGAGAUAGGAGGGAACUCCCACAUAAACUACGUGGCAUGGUAUGAGUGUGGAACGCCGAUUCCUGGUAAAUGGUAGGACCCUUGGGUCUGCCCUUGGAGAAGAGGAAUAACACUUAGUUUCUUGAUCCUGAAAAGCAACCUAAGAGACAGGCUUUUCAUGCAACACACCAGGCUUUGGGGGCAUGGAAAGCCCAAACUUUACAUUCCCACCCUGCCUCCAUGUGUAUAAAUGUGUAUAGGACCAAAGUGUCAAAGGGAUUUUAUUGAGCACAUUUCUAACAACUAAUGGCAACUUUAGUCUCAUUAUUUAUCAAAUACAUGACAAAAUUACUAAUGAUAAAUGAAAAAAGUACUUCAGCCAAAUUCAAAAAAUGGCAUUGAAUAAAAAAAAAAAAAAAAAAAAAAAAA